GUUUUUGUUGACGCUUAUGGCAGGUCAUGGAUUAUGCUUUCUACUUGACGACAAUUCCUUACAAAACCUUAUUUCCCUGAUAUCGACAGAGAAAAAGAUGCGCGCGCAGGUUGAAGCCGAUUUACUUGUGCUACAACAGAGCGUUCAAAACCUGAGGAAUGGUCAUAUGGAUAAUCUUUGUAAUUGCCCUUCCAUGGGUGUUGUAGCCUUCUCAGCUACAAUUACAAAAGACGUGACUAACUUUGGUUCGCACCAGCCCCUGGUUUUCGACAAGGUCAUCACCAACGUUGGCGGGGCGUACGACUCACGGCAUGGAACGUUCCGGGCCCCAGUUGACGGCAUAUACCAGUUUUCUUUCAGUGCGCUGCAGGGCACCUCAACAAUGUGGCUUGGGCUAGAGUUGGUACGCGACGGUGUCGUCAUAGGGCGCGUAAAAACGGGUGACAACGGCUACUACAAUCAAGGAACGAACGUCAUUAACGCGCGUCUAAAGGCUACAAAUGACGUCUGGGUACGUCACAUGACCGAUUCGGACAACAAACACGUCGUUGCCGACGGUGGUUACUUCACGUCCUUCUCGGGACAUUUGAUCGCUACUGAGUGA